AUGGCAAGUAGCGACCAAACUGAAAUAAGCAGGAGAGAAAAACGACAAGAUAUUUUUGAAAAUGAACGAAGGUUUUUCACUGAGUUUCUUCAAAAUUUAAACAAGCUUCCUCCACAUUAUUGUCGAAAAGACACCAAUAGAAUGUACUCGAAGCAAUCUUUUCAGUCAUGGUCGGAUUUAUACAGAGUCCACAAGAGGCAAUGUCAAGAAGAGGGGCAAAAUCCAAUUUCAGUUAUCACUAUGAUUAAACUUGCUGACCAAAUGACAAUCUCCAUAUUCCGACCGAGAGAGGGCCAAUGUAAUGACUGUUUUAAGUAUAAGAACGACAAUAUAGAAGCAGAAGAAUAUAAGGAAUAUAUUGAGAGAAAAAAAUCAGCAAGACGAUAA